CUGUCUGUCAUUGUAGAGGAUUAUCUUCAGUGCAGCGCCAACCUCAUCUCUCAGAUCCCCAAGAUGAGAUAUGUUUCUCCCGACAUCAUUUUUGCAGCUCAGGAUCUGGUUAUCAAAUCUCUGGAGGCAACCUGGUUCAAAAAGUAUCAAGAGACCUUUCCUCCUUGUACCAAUAUUACUGACACCAGCACAAGAACCGUCGUCCUUACAAACAAACUAAAACAUGUGUGGAGCGUCUUCUCCAGGUUCAUCAAAAGCAUCUGUAAAUUCCGACAUGCCAUGAAGGACAUUCUGACCAGAAGCAAGUUUGAGGGCUACCUCAGACACAACUGGCAAGACUUCUCUCUAAAGUACAUGCCAUCAAUGGGGAGCCGGCAAAUUGAAUCCGUUGUCCUGUGCUCGGAGGAGGUAGACUCGUCCCACUUGAAGAGGCGAGUCAUCAACCACAAACUGAUAACAGUGGAGUUCCUUGUCAACGAUCUGUCGUUCUACCUGGAGACAGAGAGUUUCAGGAACAUGGCAGACUCGAGCACUAUGAUGGCAUCCGCGGGCAUGUAUGGGGAGAAUGACAAUGCUCUGCUACACCAGAAAGCAGAGAUGAUCAUCAAGCUCUUUCUCAAGUCAGAGAUCUCUCCCAGACUGAGGGUUAACAUAGCAGAAAGUGCCAGGGAUUCCAUCCAGCAGGCCUUUGCCGUGGGCAAGGUGGACCGAGGGCUCUUCCAUGAAGCCAUCAUGGCUGUCUUCCCUAACCUCAUCUUCUGCUGGAAAAAAUUCUGUAGCCAAAAGGUAAAAAAAGGUGUAGUCGGAGAUAAUUCUAAGAAAGAAGACUCCACAGAGCUUCAUGACUACCUCCAUCCCUUCAACUCUGACUGGUACCGGAAGGUACAAACUACCAUGUCCAUGACGGACGAUUACACCACCCUUAGGUUUACUGUGCAUGAUGGUCUCAAUCUGGUCCUCCCUCAAACCAGACUAGAAUUGUGUGCCAGUGUUCUCAGCCCUGCCAAGAGCCCCAUGGCUAGGCGGAGAUCUGUCUCUACGCCUGCCUCCUCCGAAUUUCCACAACUGGAUGUGUCCAACCAACGCAGAAGGUCUAUUGGUCCCUUUAUCAGGAAACAUGCACUGAACUGUCACAGGAUGAAACCGGCUCUCUUCAACGUCUUGUGUGAUAUAAAAGAGAAAACAGUGCUCAGUAUCCGUGGCACCCAGGAGGAGGAGGCUCCAGAUGCCCAGCUCAUGCGAUUGGACAACAUGCUGCUGGCGGAGGGCGUGUCCGGACCAGAGAAAGGGGGCGGGUCUGCGGCAGCAGCAACAGCGGCGGCAGCAGUGGGAGGAGGGGUGGGCCAGGACAACUCAACAGAACACUCAGACUAUCGGGCCAAGCUGACUCAGAUCCGCGGGAUUUACCACACAGAGCUGGAGAAGUAUGAACAGGCAUGUAACGAGUUUACCACCCAUGUGAUGAACCUGCUGAGGGAGCAGAGUCGCACACGGCCCAUCUCUCCCAAAGAGAUCGAGCGUAUGGUGGGCAUCAUCCACCGCAAGUUCAGCUCCAUCCAGAUGCAGCUCAAACAGAGCACCUGUGAGGCCGUCAUGAUCCUACGCUCACGCUUCCUCGACGCCAGACGAAAGAGAAGGAACUUCAACAAGCAGGCAACAGAGAUCCUAAAUGAGUAUUUCUACUCCCACCUGUCCAACCCCUACCCCAGUGAGGAGGCCAAGGAAGAACUGGGCAAGAAGUGCUCCAUCACAGUGUCACAGGUAUCGAACUGGUUCGGAAACAAGAGAAUCCGAUACAAGAAAAACAUUGGCAAGUUCCAAGAGGAAGCCAACAUGUACGCCGCGAAGACAGCUGUCAGUGCAACCAAUGUAUCAGCCCAUGGCAGCCAGGCCAACUCCCCGUCCACCCCCAACUCUGCAGGUUCUGCUGGCUCUUUUAACAUGUCAAACUCCGGAGACUUGUUCAUGAGUGUGCAGGCUCUGAAUGGGGACUCAUACCAGGGGGCUGGGGUAGGGGCCAACGUUCAGUCCCAGGUGGAUACUCUUCGCCAUGUUAUCAGCCAGACAGGAGGAUACAGUGACAGUCUCGCCGCCGGCCAGAUGUACAGUCCACAGGGCAUCAACACAAACGGUGGGUGGCAGGAUGCUCCGACCCCCUCGUCAGUGACCUCGCCCAUAGAAGGACCCGGAAGUGUUCACUCGGAUACCUCCAACUGAUUAUUUUACCCUCCACACACACCAUCACCACAACCCAACGAUGAACUGGCAGAGCCAAUCACAGUACUAAACAUAGCGGCAUACUACACAGUGUCCUGUAGAUUUCAGGGGUGCUGUGAAAACCAUAACUAUAGCAACCUUUCCUCAGCUACAGUACUACGGGACAUUUGAGAUGCAUACAUACAGUAAUAGGAAUUUCAAAACAAAAAUAAAAACGAUACAAAAAUUCUUAAUACAAAUGUUUGUACAGAUUUCACAGGAUAUUCAGAGGGCUGGGUUGCUUAAUUACCUGUGAUGGGUUUACUCAUAUUGAUGAUAUUAAGUGAUAAGAUAAAUUUCGACAACCAAACCUGUAUACUUCAAUUCAAAUGUUUAAUUCUACCUCUCAGCGACUAAAAAGUUAACAAAUAUGAAAGAACAUUAUUUGUUUUUUUAAAACAUGAACUUUGUCAUUGUAAGAAAGAAGCACUUCGUCAUGCUUUGUUUUGCGGUCCCUCCUCACUGGGCACAUACUGGUUGAAUCAACGUUGUUUCCACGUCAUUUCAAGGAAAUUAUGUUGAACCAAUGUGGAACAGACGUUGAAUUAACAUCUGUGCCCAGUGGGUCACCUAUUCGAUGGUACGCCAUUUAGGCUUUUAAUGUUGCUCCCCUGUUUACAGUGUGUGCUUGAUGAACUGUGUUCGCUUUACCCUCUCCCACAGGGAAAUAACCAAGAAGACUUAGAACUUGAUUUACUAAAUGUUUUUAUAUUAGUUUCUCCGUAGAGGACUUUUAGGGAAAGCAGUCAGCCUAGUGAAUUAUGAGGACCCUUCACCCUGACUAGCAGGUCUUCAAUCUGGGUGGAAGGCAUUAGAAAAGGAAAACAUGCUGGUACGAGAAUGCUCAUUGGCAAAUCUAAAGAAUUUAAUGGAAAUUGAGUAGACAAUUGAAUAUACAUUGUAGAUGUGUGUCUUCCUGAUUUAUAAACUUCUGCCCCAUGACCCCUUUGAUAAGAACGCAGGAGAUCUGUGGGCCCACAAGCACUCAUAGGGCUCUCUUCUGAUAUCCAUACUAGCGUACCACUUAGUCUUGCUAACACCUGGCUCUCGACGUCACAGCUCGCUGUGUAGUCACGUGGGUCGCGUCGGCCAGGCUACACACCACUUAGAGUGCAUGCCCAAUACAUGCUUCAUUCUAAGUAUGCUAGUGUGGAUAUUGGGAAAAAGCUACAGAGUAUGUGCUGUUGAUUGUCUGAGGGCCUGAGGAAAGCCUUCCUUUUUACCACCUCCUUUUUACCACCUCAACCACCUCAUUGAGUAUCAGUGUCUCAUCAGAGGUAAACGUGUGAAGUUACAGUUAUGUCAUGUGUAAAAGAGGGAAAAAAGGAAAUAAACACCUGUCAUCAACAACCCAGACGAGUUUGAAUCACAUCAUUCCUUCCAGUGAGAAUAACUAAACAAAAGAACACAUCGUCUCAAUCUAAAAGUCAUUUGGAAUCACUUCCUGUGUCUGAUUGUUUUGGAGCCUAUGGGGUCAAUAAGAGCAGACAUAAUGAGCAAAGUGGCGGAAACAUCAAGUCAUUUUGUCCUCGUCUAAUGUCAUUUCCUCGUUCGCUGUCUCACUUCAAAUUCAUUCGUUUUUUUAGUCGCCAAAUGUUACUGUUAACCAAAACUCUUAUAUUUGUUGAUCUAUUGUUUUUUUUUAUGUGUACUUUCUAGAGGUCGUAACCCAUCUAGCUACAUUCACUCAUAUAACUAUUAGAUUUCUCACUUUACCUUUUGCCAACUGUCCCAAUUCUGGUGCAGCAAUCCUAACUGGGGAAAAAUUCAAUUGAUAACCAACUGAACAAUGCUGCCUAAAUGAAAAGCCAUUGUAGAUGAAACCCUUUCUGGAGAAAAUCUCUGUCAAGGAUCUGUGUAGUAACAGUUUGUUUUUGACUACAUGGAAUCAGAAUCUAGUUAAACAUGGAAGUCGUUAAGUUAAUAUGAUUCAGUUACUCCUAGCUCUGCUGAUGCAGGUAACACCAGGGCUGAACUUACAGUAGCCAUGAUGCGCAGGGCAUGAGAUGCCUUUUACCCCGUGAUAUAGCCAACAAGAUAUAUUGUUUUCCUGUGAUUCAGUGUUCAUUGUUCAGCCACUGUUCCAAGGCACUCUCCUGCAAUGGAACUAUAUUGUUCUUUAAACCCAGAGUUGAUUUCUGUUUCUCUUUUUUUUUGCCAUUUGAAUUUGUUUUACAAAAUGUUACAGUAUAUGACAGCAUUCUUUCUUUCACUGUAUCAAGAAUGUCACCUGUGUCCUUGCUUUUCACUUCUUCAAUUGACUUCUAUCAGUCCUCAGAAUUCAUGAGCAUUUUGAACGUUGUGCUAAAAGGUCUGUAAUGUCCAGAGCAAAACUAGAGAUGUGAAAAUUCCUUCAGACAAACAAAGAUAUUUGGACAUUUGAUAGACUUGUCCUUAUGGUGUGUGGACUAUAGUUAUUCUUUAGUAUUUUGUUAUUUACUUUUUAUAGUGUGCUAUUGUAUUUCAUGGUUCCCAUUUUCUUGUCAAUUAGCUCUCUCAUGAUGUGAUUCUGUGAACAUUGCCACAUUGUACUUGACUUUCUUUGUUGAACCAUAAUUUCUACAGUUUCAACAUUAAACUUAUUAUACUACUAUAUAAUACAUCAAGACAAAACAAUGGCAUUUUAUAAUUGAAUAGUUGAGUGAGAAAACAAGAAGAAUAUACUGAUGUUUGCCAGUUUUGCAAAAUGUUAUAGUUUUUUAUAUGUGAUAUAGAUUUUAAUGCACCAAUUGUAAAUUCAGCUUCCCAAACAAUGUACUCUUAACAAGUUCAAAAAAGCUCACUUGCCAUGUCCCCUCUAAUUAAUUGAUUUGUUGUGCCAAAGUAGAAGUAUUCAUAAUUUAUUCAUUUUUGAAUAACUCACAAUAAAACUGUAACUCCCCUAUUACCUACAAGUGAAUCUCAACUACUUGAUACUCUACAGGGACCCUGAGCUCUACAACCCAUUCACUCCGGAUACAGAUUUAGAAAUAUGCUUGUUUGCCAAUAAAUGCAAUAUGAUAACACACUCCAUAUAAUAUAGCUUUUUUGUUUUGAUAGCUGAAAGGAGAGGUUCAUAUAUAUAAUGCAUGUAAUUUGUUCUUUAAUAAAAUAUUGCUGUGUUUUUGAA